AUGGAACGUAGACGGGUCUCAUGUAGGUUACUCGAGCGGUUGAUGCUCGUUCUUUUACUGUUGAAUCGUGUCGUAGGUAGAACGGUGGGUGUCGAUAGCCACUGGAAUUGGAAACUUCUCUUGAAUAACACGGGUGUUGUAGCUAUGCACAUGGCGGUGACCCAUCAUAAUAACGUUGUGAUAUUCGAUCAGACGGAAGCGGGCCCGUCUAAGUACCGGCUUCGUCACCAACAUAAAGGAAAGAAGUGUAGGACCGGCGAUGAUGCGUCGUGCUAUGCACAUUCGGUAGAGUAUAAUGUGUUGAAAAACCGAGUUAGGGCUCUACAUCUUGCGACCGAUACCUGGUGCUCGUCGGGUUCGUUCUUGAGCAACGGAAGUCUCCUUCAAACGGGCGGUAAUGGGGCAGGGUCGAGAAAAAUCCGAUAUUACAAGCCUUGUACCAAUAGCCGAUGCGAUUGGACAGAACAGAAGAAGCAGUUAUCAGUUAGGCGUUGGUAUGCUUCGAGCCUUUAUCUCCCACAGGAGAAUGGUGUUAUAGUUGUCGGAGGACAAUCGGUUUUUACUUACGAAUUUGUACCAAAAUCUUCGGGCCCGCGUGGACCGUACAAUCUCCCUCUCUUGCACCGUACGUACGAGAGAAACUCGAAAGGGAACAAUUUGUACCCGAUCUUACACUUAUCAAGUGAUGGACAUUUGUUCAUUUUCGCUAAUCGGGAUUCGAUUCUUUUCGAUUAUAAAAGACAUAAGGUUGUGAAGAAGUUCCCGACAAUCCCAGGAAACGGAGGACGUAGCUACCCGAGCACUGGUUCUUCCGUGAUUCUUCCUUUAGACCAUAAUGACAACUUCACUAAAGUUGAAGUCAUGGUUUGCGGUGGUGCCGCCCAUGGCUCCUAUGUUGCGGCUCAGCAGCAUAAAUACUUGAUGGGUUUACGGUCUUGUGGGAGAAUGGUCAUCACCGGAAACCACCACCGAUGGCGGAUGGAAAACAUGCCCGGACCACGGCUCAUGAGUGACAUGUUGAUUUUGCCGACCGGUGAUGUCCUGAUCAUCAAUGGCGCAAAACGGGGUUCUGCCGGAUGGAAUAGCGCAUCGGAUCCGGCUCUUGAACCCUACCUCUACCGACCUAGUCAGUUAGUGGGCCGACGAUUUCAGGUUCUAAAGCAAACGAAAAUCUCCCGCAUGUAUCAUUCGUCCGCCGUCCUAUUACCCGACGGUCGGAUCUUGGUAGCUGGUGGGAACCCUAAUAACCGGUACAUUUUACGCGGGGUGGCUCACCCAACCGAGCUGCGACUACAAGCUCUUGUGCCAGACUACAUGAGCAACCGGUUCGACCAUCUCCGACCAAAAAACGUUACGGUCGUCUACCCACAACAUUCAACUGGUGUCAAGAACGGAGAAACUUUCAAUGUCAGUUUCCGGCUUGCAUCCGAGCCGCAAAAUUUGAGCGUUGUGGCGUACGCUCCGCCGUUUACAACCCACUCGUUAUCAAUGAAUCAAAGAAUGUUGAGACUCGAGUGUUUGAGUCUGGAGAGGGGUAGUCGGGGUUUGGUGGAGGCAAAAGCGGUGGCUCCGCCUUCGAUUUACGCCUCACCACCGGGUUUCUACAUGCUCACGGUGGUUAACGGUGGUAUUCCGAGUAGAUCGUCGUGGGUUAAGUUCAUUUAGAUAGUAGGUAAAAAUGUU